AUGGCGUCCAAUGCAGCCUCAGCGUCGUCCUCUGUCCAACCAACGUUGAUCCCAUACCCAUCAAUGGAAUGGCCCACAUCCCUAGAUAUCCCAUUGAAGGCCUCGGAAGAAUUAGUCUCUAUUGAUCUUCUCACUGAUUUACCAUCAGAUCCUGCCGAUUUGCGUACUUUGUUGGUGGAGGAAAGUUCCUCUCGAGAACAUUGGCUAACAAUUGCUGCAGCUUACGCAAACCAAAACUUGACUUUGGAGGCUAUCCAAUUGAUUAAAAUGGCCUUGGAAGUGUUUCUCCAAGAUUCAGAAGGACUGGCACACUGUCAUACCUUUUUGACUUGGUGCUAUUUGAAACUGAGUAAGACUACGAAGGUUCCUCAGGACCAUGACACUUAUUUGAAUGAUGCUGAGAACCAUUUGAAGGAAGCCGUCAAGAUUAAUCCAACUUGGAUUGGGAAUAUGUUGGCCACCGUAGAUUUAUAUUAUCAAAGGGGUGCAUAUGAUAAGGCUUUGGAGACCUGCGAUUUGUUCGUGAAGGGUGUACAGCAGGAUACGAAAAAGCAUAAUGUAAUGUUUUUAUUAUUAAGAGCUAAGUUAUUAUUCAGGAAGAAAAAUUAUGUGGCCAGUUUGAAACUAUUCCAAGAGUUGUUGGUGAGUAACCCAGUUUUGAAACCCGAUCCCAGAAUUGGAAUUGGGGCUUGCUUUUGGCAUUUAAAGGAUUAUAAGAUGGCAAUUAAGUCCUGGGAGAGAGCGACACAAUUGGAUGCAAAUUCAUCAGCUUCAAUAUUGUGUUUGUUAGGGAAAUUCCAUAAUUCUUUGACUGAAUCUGAAAAUGAUACUCAAUUUAAGGAAAACUAUACAGCUUCUCUAAUGGAUUUGAACACUCUUUACAACGAUACCAAUCAUCCUGAGAAUAAGGAAAAUCCUGUCCUAUUGACUCUGCUACAAAGUUAUUUUUACUAUAAGAAUGAUUUUGAAAAUGUAUUGAAAAUAUAUGAUGAAAAGAUUAAACCUAUCAGUACGUUAGUGGCUGACUCCAUUCUUUCUGAAUCUACACUUUGGUGCGGAAGAGCAUAUUAUGCUCUAGAUGAUUAUCGUAAAGCAUUUGCCAUGUUCCAAGAGAGUUUGAAGACGAACGAAGAAAAUUUGUUAGCAAAACUAGGUUUAGGCCAAGCACAAUUGAAGACCAAUCUUUUGGAAGAAAGUAUAUUGACUUUUGAAAACCUAUACAAGAGUCAUGCUGGAAUUCAAGAACUAAAUUAUAUUUUGGGUAUGCUUUAUGCAGGAAAAUGUUUUGCUGCCGCUGGCCAAAAUCAUGAAUCUACUUCCACAACGACAACAAUGUCUGGAAAGGAGAUAUCAAUUUUAAACGCAAAAGCCUUACAAUUCUUAGAGAAAUACAUCAAACUAACCACAGCUAAAAAAAACCAAUUAGUCAUUCCAAGAGCAUAUUUGACUAUCUCCCAAUUGUAUGAAAAGACUAAUCAAUACAAACAAUCAUUAGAUUAUCUAACCAAAGCCUUAGAAGAGAUUCAAUUCAUAAAUAAAGACAAUGUCCCACUGGAGUUAUUAAACAACAUAGGUUCAUUCUACUUUAUUAAUGGAGAUGCAGACAAGGCAAAGGAAUAUUUUGACUUAGCAAAGUCAAAAUUGUCAAAUGAUUCAUCAAGCCUCACAACAAUUAAUUAUAACAUUGCUAGAACUUUGGAAACAAAAGACUUAGAAAAAUCACAAGUACUUUACCAAGAUAUUCUCAAUGAACAUCCAAACUAUAUAGCCGCUAAGAUCAGGACAUUGUUUUUCAAGUUUGUUAAUGGUAAUGAAUCCAUUAAGGAUGAGAUGACGAACUUGGCUAAAAUGAACGAUUCUGAUUUAGAAGUUCGUUCGUUUUAUGCAUGGUACUUGAAAAAUACGACUUUGAAAAAUGAAAAGGAAAAGGAAACGUCAUAUAACAAAGAUACUCUGGUAAAAUAUGAUUCUCAUGAUUUAUAUGCAUUGAUCUCCUUAGGUAACUUGUAUUGUUUAAUUGCAAGGGAAGGCAGAAAAAACGUUAAAUCUUUGAAAGAACAAGAAAAGUCUAAACAUUCUUAUUUGAAGGCAAUUCAAUUAUUCCAGAAAGUCUUGCAAAUUGAUCCAUUUAACGUAUUUGCUGCUCAAGGUAUCGCCAUCAUAUUUGCUGAGAGUAAGAGGUUAGGAGCUGCAGUGGAAAUUUUGAGAAAAGUUAGAGAUUCUUUAGAUAAUGAGGAUGUUCAUAUCAAUUUGGCAAAUUGUUUAUUGGAGAUGAGAGAAUUUAGUAAAGCCAUUGAGAAUUAUGACUUGAUUUUGAAAAAAUUCCCCAAUAUCAAAAACAAAUCACAUAUUCUAAAUCUUUUAGGUAAGGCAUGGUAUGCAAGAGGUCUAAAAGAGAAAAAUAUCGAUUAUUUCUUUAAGGCGUUGAGUUACACUGAAAUGGCUAUUGAAUUUGAAGAAAAUCGCGAUACUUCAAAGAAGAAUGAAAGAUUCAUAGCCAUUUUGAAAUUUAAUGUUGCCAUCUUAGAUUUCCAAAUUGCUGAAACUUUGAGGAGGUCGGAGAAGAAGGACCGUACUUUGGAACAUUUGAAAACAGCUGUUGUCGGCCUAGACAAGGCAAUUGUCAUCUUGAAAGAAUUGAAGGAUUUGAAAGAUUUCAAUGUUAUAUUAAAGGAUGAGUUGGAGCAACGUAUUCAACUGGGGGAGACCACUAUGAAGACUGUCCUCGAACGUUGUGUUACGGAGCAAGAACAAUAUGAAAAUGAACAAGCAGGAAAAUUGACAGAAGGCCGUAGACUACUUGAAGAACAAGAGUUGAAGGAGAAGGAAAAGAAACAAAAGCAAGAAGAAGAAGAACGUUCUAAAUUAGAAAGGCAAGCCGAGGAAUACAAGAAAUUACAAGCUGAAGCUCAAAAGUUGAUCCAAGAACGUGAAACUUUGAUAGUCAACGAGGAUAGUGAUGUUGAUAACGACUUUUCAGGAGAAGAUGGAGAAGGAAAGAAAAAGAAGAAGAGGAAGAGAGCCACUGCUACCGGAGAAAAGAAACAAAGGAAAAAGAGGAAGUCUAAGUCAGCGUUAUCUGAUGAAGGCGAGGAAGCAGAAGGCUCUAGUGAUGAUGAUGAUACUGUAAAGGUCAGAUCUAGAGGCAAGAAGUCUGGAUUAUCCAAGGAAUUUGUUGUGGAUAGUGACGAUAGCGAUUUGUCAUCACCAGAUAUUGAAACUGCAGAGCAGGAUGCUGCCAAUGACGAUGAAGGGUUAUUCUAA